CACACAAAGCAAACAAACAAACGAAGUUUAGCUAUUUAUUUAAAUGUAAUCAAUUAAUCAACAUCAACUCGAUGACUUCUUCCAUCAAAUGCCGUAUCUGUAUUUGCGCCAUUGAUGCAACUGUUGGCAGCUACGAUAUGCAGAAACUGCCUCUCGUGGCGCACAAGUUUGUUACCUGCACCGAUCUCGCUGUGGAGGUGCAUGAGCGAGUGCCCAGCGUGCUGUGCCAGGCGUGCUUCCACCAGCUGGACCAGCUCUAUGCAUUCCGUGCCAAGUGCAUAGCAGCUGACACGAAAUGGCGAAUGCAAAUACUGGCAUUCUGUGACGAUGAGGAGCCCACAUACGACUUGGAGGCGACGCCCACAACAGUGGAAAUUGUGGAACUGAAGCUGAAGCAGAGAAACGAAAAGAAGGUUGAAAAACAGGUGGAAAGUAGAUGUGAAACGACUGCAACAGAUAYCGAUUCGGAUCAUUGCCAUACAUAUGAACAGCUUGAGCAGCUCGACGAGGAUGUGGACGAUGUUACAAGUAACUCACCGCAGCCACCCAAAGAGGUCUUCAAAUGCAACAUCUGCGCAGCACAAUUCCUAAAUGAGAAGCGCCUGCAAUCGCACAGCCGGCGACAUGGACAGAUGCCCUAUCCCUGCACCGAACCAGGCUGUGGCCAUGGCUAUAGCCACAAGCAUACGCUCUCUCUGCACAUGCGCAAGUGCCACAAGCUGGGGAAGGAGCACAAGUCACAUGUGUGCGAGUUCUGUGGCAAAGUCUUUGGCACCAUGGCGCUGCUCAAGAACCAUCGCUUCACCCACAAGGACAAGCUGCAGCAGCCUUUCGCCUGCGAAGAGCCCAGCUGUGAGCGACGUUUCGCCACCAAGCAGCUGCUCAAGAUACACAUGAUGCGCCAUGCGGGCAUCAAGAACUACACUUGUUCAUAUUGUGGCGUGCAGAAGACGACGCGCACCGAGCUCAAGAUCCACCUGAACUAUCACACGCUGGAGCGCACCUAUUGCUGUCGACUCUGCUCCAAAGUAUGCUACAGCUCCAGCAAUCUGAACAAGCAUAUGCGUACGGUACACGAGCGAGCGCGGAACUAUACCUGCCGCUACUGUGAGCACGCAUUCGCUCAGCCGGAGACGCGCAAUCAGCACGAGCUUAUCCACACGGGCGAGAAGCCACACGGAUGUCCAGAAUGUGGCAGACACUUUAGACAAAAGGCAGCACUGCGUGCUCAUCUCAAAAUACACACGCGACAGCCUAAGCAGACAGAUUCGACAAUUGAAAUCGAAACGCUCGUGGAGAUUGAAGAUGCUAGCGGUGUGCUGCAAGGCGAAGAUCUAGAGUAUGGUUGAGGGAGGGUAAAUGAAACAAUUUAGGGGUAUUCGAAAGCAGAUCACAUAGAGAGUGAUGUAAAAAGAACAAAAGAAGGCAUCUAAUAAGAGAAGCUAGACAUCUCGCAGAGCCAGAGAGAGAGUUUAUCAAAGACUUGUGA